GGAAAUGGAAUGUGCGGAAUGACAAACAAUGGACCCUUGUGCUAUUGCGAUGUGAGUCGAGACUACUGGUACUUUGGUGCUCACUGUGAUCAUGCGAUUCAUAAGAAUGGACUGAUCGCUGGUUUAUCAGUGACACUAAUUGUACUUCUCCUUGGCCUUCUGGCUAUUAUCAUCUACAACAUAAAGUUUCGCAGGACCAUAAAGCAAUUUGAAAGCAAAGGGGAUGAGCUAAAGAAAGAAAUAAUGGACAAGUGGGGAGAUGAUGAAUGGGAAUGGAGCAAUUCUGGGAUCAACAUUGCCAUUGAAAAAGGCACUGAAAAUCUUGAUGGUUCAAUAGCUGAGGAGGAAUCCUGCAGCAGUUCCGGGAGUUAUACGACAUCAAUACCAAAGGGAGAGUUGAAAAUCCAGAUGCCAAAGAUGAAUAUGGAUAAUUUCUGCAAUGACGUGUAAUAUGUACAGAUGAAACUGCUGGAAUUUUGAUCAUGUACAC